UUGACAUGCAGACCGAAGAAAGCGUCUGCUAGGGUUUUUAUGGUCUGACGUCAGUUUAAGUGUGUGUAAAUGAUACUGAUUAUUUCCUAAGUUUUUUAAUGUAUGAGAACUGAUGCUGUUCAUCUGCUAAGCAAUUCUGUGGGAUAUUCUCUAAAAAUAGCGCUUGACUUGGAGAGAGUGAUUACUUCAUUCAAGGGGUAGAAACCUGCCGUCUUCAUCCCCUAGUUUGCGUUUUAGGGGGUAGGAGAGCAGGAUGACGUCGAUCAUCAAGCUUCAGUGUUUCUCUGGGGCUCUGGAUGAGACACCGCCAUGUUACAUGCUGCAGGUAGAUGAAUUCCGCUUCCUGCUGGACUGUGGAUGGGACGAGAGCUUUAACAUGGAUCAAUUAAAGGAGCUCAAAAAGCAUAUCCACCAAAUCGAUGCAGUCUUACUGACGUACCCAGAUCACAUACACCUGGGGGCUCUGCCCUACUUGGUGGGAAAGUGUGGCCUCACCUGCCCUAUAUAUGCCACUAUACCAGUCUACAAGAUGGGGCAGAUGUUCAUGUAUGACCUCUACCAGUAUUCUCGCCACAACACCCAAGAAUUUGACGUUUUUCACUUUGAUGACAUUGAUGCUGCUUUUGACAAGAUAGUACAGCUGAAAUAUUCCCAGACAGUUAGUCUUAAAGGUAAAGGACAUGGUCUUCAGGUCACACCAUUGCCUGCAGGUCACAUGAUAGGGGGUACCAUCUGGAAGAUUGUCAAAGAUGGUGAAGAGGAUAUAAUAUAUACAAUAGAUUAUAACCACAAGAAAGAAAGACAUCUUAAUGGAGUGUUGGAAGUCUUCAACAGACCCUCGUUAAUGAUAACAGAUUCCUUCAAUGCUAACUGUGUGCAGUCCAAGAGGAGGACCAGGGAUGGGCAGCUAAUGAAUACUAUUUUACAAACAAUGAAGAAUGAUGGGAAUUGUUUAGUUGCUGUUGAUACAGCAGGCAGAGUUUUGGAGUUGGCAAAACUUCUGGAUACAAUGUUCCGGACCCCAGAGGCUGGCCUCUUGCCAUACUCCUUGGCUCUGAUAAACAAUGUCAGCUUUAAUGUUGUGGAGUUUGCAAAGUCACAGGUUGAGUGGAUGAGUGACAAGAUAAUGAGAGCUUUUGAGGACAACAGAAACAACCCAUUCCAGUUCAAACACAUGAAGUUGUGCCACAAUUUGGCUGAGUUACAGAAAGUCCCUGAUCCUAAGGUUGUCUUGGCCAGUGUGUCUGACCUUGAGAGCGGGUUCUCAAGAGAUUUGUUCAUAGCCUGGUGCACAGAUGCCAAAAACAGCGUGGUUCUGACCAACAGAACGUCUCCAGGAACUCUUGCAAGAUGGCUGAUAGACAACCCAGACAACAAAACAGUAACCAUGGAGGUACGGAGAAGAAUAAAGCUGGAGGGAGCCGAGCUGGAAGAGUAUUUGAAGAAAAAACAAGAGAAGGAGGCUGAAGAGGCUAGACUGAAGUCAGAAUUGGCUAAAAAAGAGCUUGAAGGUUUUGAGUCCAGUGAUGAGAGUGACAAUGAGAUGGAUGUUGAUGGAAUGUUCCAGGGGUCCACAACCAAGGGCAAACAUGAUCUCAUGUUAAAAGCAGAGGGCAAGUCCAGAACAGGCUUUUUCAAACAAGUGAAGAAAUCGUACCCAAUGUUUCCCUAUCAUGAAGAGAGGAUUAAGUGGGAUGAGUACGGGGAAAUCAUUAGGCCUGAGGAUUACAUGAUAGCAGAGACCACUCCAGCAGACGAUGAGAAGGCAAUGGAAACUGGAGCCCCAGCUGAUGAAUCUCAACAAGAUGUGACGGAAGUCCCCACCAAGUGUGUCUCAGCCACGGUCACUUUGGAUAUUAACGCUAAUGUACAGUUCAUAGACUUUGAGGGUCGGUCAGACGGAGAGUCUAUCAAGAAAAUCCUUCAACAAGUCAAACCCAGGCAACUGAUUUUGAUCCAUGGAGAUGAAGAAUCAACUGACUCUCUGGCAGAGUUUUGCCGUUCUCAGGGUGUGGUCCAGGGGAAAGUCUUCACCCCCAAAGUGAUGGAGGUAGUGGACGCCACCACAGAGAGUCACAUCUACCAGGUGAAGCUUAAAGACUCCCUGGUCAGCGCCCUGGAGUUCUCUAAGGCACGUGACGCAGAACUGGCAUGGGUGGAUGGUCAGUUAGACUUCAGUCACGCCCGCACGGACACGACAGCCAUGAUGGAUGGGGAGGAAGAGACAGAGAAGGAUGGCCAUGGUGAGGAUAGGACUGAAAAGUCAGUGCCAGCAACAGGGGAGGUUUCAUCUGCAGAUCUUGUCCCGUCUUUAGAAGCUUUACCCAUUCAUCUGAUACCUGGUCACACAUCUGCUUUUAUUAACGAGCCAAAGCUGUCCGAUUUCAAGACAGUGCUGUUACGAGAGGGGAUUCAGGCAGAAUUUGUGGCCGGAGUGCUGAUCUGUAACAACCAAGUGGCAGUUCGCAGAAAUGAAGCAGGCAGAAUACAGUUGGAAGGAUGUCUGUGUGAUGAUUAUUACAAAGUGCGGGAACUUUUGUAUGGUCAAUAUGCAAUAGUAUGAUAAAUAAGGUCAUUAUUUGAUUUGACCUUGAAAGCUGGCACACAAAUCUAAUCAUAUCACUUCGUCAUCGAGAUUGCCAAAGUCAAAAGCAAAGUCUGUGUCUUCAGUACCUCUGAUACAUGUACAUAUUGUAAGGUUCUAGCACCAUCAUCAAAACACAUGUUCAGCACUUCCAUAUUUUCAAAGUGUACCAAAGUUAGUCAACAAAUUGUUGACAGGAGUUUGACAAGUUUAAUGAUCUGAAUAUGUGGUUCCAUUUCCUCCCUUUCUAAAAAUCAGAGUGGUUGUUAGAAUGGUGUGAAGGGGUUUAGGUGUCGCGAUCAGCAAAUUGGUUCCAUACCCACCAAUUCCAUGAAUCAGAGUGGUUGUUAGAAUGGUGUGAAGGGGUUCAGGUGUCGCGAUCAGCAAAUUGGUUCCAUACCCACCAAUUCCAUGAAUCAGAACGGUUGUUAGAAUGGUGUGAAGGGGUUCAGGUGUCGCGAUCAUCAAAUUGGUUCCAUGCCCACCAAUUCCAUGAAUCAGAAUGGUUGUUAAAAUGGUGUGAAGGGGUUCAGGUGUCGCGAUCAUCAAAUUGGUUCCAUACCCACCAAUUCCAUGAAUCAGAGUGGUUGUUAGAAUGGUGUGAAGGGGUUCAGGUGUCGCGAUCAUCAAAUUGGUUCCAUGCCCACCAAUUCCAUGAAUCAGAGUGGUUGUUAGAAUGGUGUGAAGGGGUUCAGGUGUCGCGAUCAGCAAAUUGGUUCCAUGCCCACCAAUUCCAUGAAUCAGAGUGGUUGUUAGAAUGGUGUGAAGGGGUUCAGGUGUCGCGAUCAGCAAAUUGGUUCCAUGCCCACCAAUUCCAUGAAUCAGAGUGGUUGUUAGAAUGGUGUGAAGGGGUUCAGGUGUCGCGAUCAGCAAAUUGGUUCCAUGCCCACCAAUUCCAUGAAUCAGAGUGGUUGUUAAAAUGGUGUGAAGGGGUUCAGGUGUCGCGAUCAUCAAAUUGGUUCCAUGCCCACCAAUUCCAUGAAUCAGAGUGGUUGUUAAAAUGGUGUGAAGGGGUUCAGGUGUCGCGAUCAUCAAAUUGGUUCCAUACCCACCAAUUCCAUGAAUCAGAACAGUUGUUAAAAUGGUGUGAAGGGGUUCAGGUGUAGCGAUCAUCAAAUUGGUUCCAUACCCACCAAUUCCAUGAAUCAGAGUGGUUGUUAGAAUGGUGUGAAGGGGUUCAGGUGUAGCGAUCAUCAAAUUGGUUCCAUACCCACCAAUUCCAUGAAUCAGAGUGGUUGUUAGAAUGGUGUGAAGGGGUUCAGGUGUCGCGAUCAUCAAAUUGGUUCCAUGCCCACCAAUUCCAUGAAUCAGAACGGUUGUUAGAAUGGUGUGAAGGGGUUCAGGUGUCGCGAUCAUCAAAUUGGUUCCAUGCCCACCAAUUCCAUGAAUCAGAGUGGUUGUUAGAAUGGUGUGAAGGGGUUCAGGUGUAGCGAUCAUCAAAUUGGUUCCAUACCCACCAAUUCCAUGAAUCAGAGUGGUUGUUAGAAUGGUGUGAAGGGGUUCAGGUGUAGCGAUCAUCAAAUUGGUUCCAUACCCACCAAUUCCAUGAAUCAGAGUGGUUGUUAGAAUGGUGUGAAGGGGUUCAGGUGUCGCGAUCAUCAAAUUGGUUCCAUACCCACCAAUUCUAUGAAUCAGAACGGUUGUUAGAAUGGUGUAAAGGGGUUCAGGUGUCGCGAUCAUCAAAUUGGUUCCAUGCCCACCAAUUCCAUGAAUCAGAGUGGUUGUUAGAAUGGUGUGAAGGGGUUCAGGUGUAGCGAUCAUUAAAUUGGUUCCAUGCCCACCUUUUCUAAGAACCGAAGUGGUUGUCACAAUGGUGUGAAGGGGUUCAGGUGUCGCGAUCAUCAAAUUGGUUCCAUGCUCACCAGUUCCAUCAAUCGGAGAGGUUGUUAGAAUGGUGUGAAGGGGUUCAGGUGUAGCGAUCAUCAAAUUGGUUCCAUGCCCACCUUUUCUAAGAAUUGAAGUGGUUGUUAAAAUGGUGUGAAGGGGUUCAGGUGUCAUAAUCAUCAAAUUGGUUCCAUGCCCACCAAUUCCAUGAACCAGGGUGGUUUUUAUGUUUAAAAAAAGUGUACUCCAAAGUCUCUUCACUUUCUUGCUCUUUAUAUUUCUGUGAAGAAAAGAUUUCUUUCAGUAUUUCACAUUUCUUUCCAUAUUUCACAUUUCUUUCCAAUUUAGAGUUUGAUAUCUCAGUUGAACUUUUUGGUACAAAUACAACUGAAAACAAUCAGUGGUAAAGAAUAUUUUAGUAGUACUAUUUGUAAGAAUUUUUAGAGAAAAUUCCCUUUCAAAUAUUAUACUUUGUGUUUAUAUACAUUUGAUAUUAUUCUGGAAGAAGGUUUAACUGGCAUUUCAACCACCUGGUUUUAAAGUUUAGAAUGACUGAUAUAGUAUAAUUAUGCUGUGGAUCAUGACAAAUCAUUUUCAAAAAUACUGGAUUCUUCAGUUAAUGAAGGGCACAGAUUUGCUUGUUCUGCAUGGUUUACGGCUGCUCAAGUGAAACUGUGUAAUCGUACCAUUUGAAUCAUUUGUUAUUGUCUCCUUCAUUAUUGUUACAUGAACAGUGUAAAUAAACAUUGUAGUAGGAAAUACAUGUAUACAUUUA